AUGGCGGUUCCAGGAAACCUUGUCAUCUCAGCUCGUUCAGGAGCCCAUUCGUUUGAUCCUAGUCAAAUGAAUAUGUCACACGUCAUAUCCAAUCUUUCUUUUGGCCGGAAGAUUGCACCUAGGGUGAUGAGUGAUGUGAAGCGCUUGAUACCUUAUCUUGGUGGAAGUCAUGACAGGUUGAAUGGGCGACCAUUCAUUAAUCAUCGUGAUUUGGGUGCAAAUGUUACUAUCGAGCAUUAUCUUCAAAUAGUUAAAACGGAGGUGAUAACAAGAGGAUCUCAUAAAUUAGUUGAGGAAUACGAGUACACAGCCCACAGCAGUUUGGCUCAGAGCCUAUACGUACCUGUUACAAAAUUCCAUUUUGAGCUUUCUCCAAUGCAGGUUUUAAUAACUGAGAAUCCAAAGUCCUUUUCACAUUUUAUCACAAAUGUCUGCGCAAUUAUUGGGGGUGUUUUCACGGUUGCUGGAAUCUUGGAUUCCAUUCUGCACAACACCAUUAGAAUGAUGAAGAAAGUAGAGUUGGGUAAAAAUUUUUGAUAGAUAGGUGAGAUUUUAAGCGUAUAAGAAAUUCAGAUUUCCCAGAAACCCAUACACUAGUGACGGACAUUGGCAAUUUAUUCCGCAAUAAAUGUACAAUGAAGCAUGAAGUUGGCUAUUCUAGUUGCCAUCACAGGAAAUGAUUUGGAAGAAGGAAUCUGAGCUUAAUGGUUGCAUGCGAUGCGAUCUUUUUCCUCCCUUUAAUUUUUUCUUUCUAGUUUCUAGUUUCUAGUUUCUACUAAUGUUUAGUUUUAAUUGGUACGGAUGGCGGUGAGUUGGUUGUGGAACGUGGAAAAUGGUAGUGAAAUUACCUUAGCUGGUUGGGCUGCCCCUUGGCUGUGGGGAGACAAAUGUAUUUUUGGUGUAAUGCUAUACGUGCUACAUGUUCUUCAUCCUCAA